AUGUCUGUUGCGUGCAAACGUCAAGUUCGUCGCGCUCCGCUGUGCGCGCCGCCGCGUCCGUGGCGCGCUCUCGCGCGGCGUUCACCAUCGCGCUUUCGAUUGUGCGUCGCCGCACCGCACCGCACCGCACCGCACCACGGUCUGUGUCUACCUGCGAGAAAGAGUGAGAGACCGUCUGCGGGGACGAGGAUCGAUUUGCUCAUCGAGAUCAGCACAAAAAAGUCCUUGAACUUGGUGGAUUGCGAGGAAGUUUGGAAAGAUCAACAGGAUUCCACGGCGGCGGAAGCGAAAAACUUGGCCAAUUCGGGCUUUCGCCGAGCAGGAAGAGCUUGAAACAACAACUCGGCGGACUCGAAAAAAAAUCGAAAGUAAUCUGAGAGAAGGAAGGAAGGAAUCGCGGAGGAGG